AUGUCCAACCUCUUCUCUGGCAUCAACGCCCGUUUUCGGGGCUCCAAGUCUCCCGGCCCGGGCAAGAGUCCCACUAGCAGUUCUGGCCAGCCACCGGUCUCUCCUUUGAACUUGGAUAGAUCUCAUGGUAGCCAGUCCCCAGCCUCGGCUGGCCUCUCUGCCAACCUUCCACCUCUGCCCAAGUCUCCUUCCCUGGCGCAGACCAUUGCCAUGGAUGAGCAGAGCGGCCUGAUGGCCGGUGGUUAUGAUGCCCUUGAGCAAUAUCAUCUCCCGCGGCCCAUGCCUCUGUGGCUCAACCCAAAUUAUGCCAAGCACAUUGUCAAAGGCAACUUCAUGACCCUGAGUGCUAGGCCAAAGACUGUCGAGCAAGGAGAGUGGAUCGCUCACCAAGUCAUUGAGCACUACCGAAAUCUCUGGAACUUCGUUCGUGUCAUUCACGAGAAGGAAGAAGAUGGCACAUCCAUAUGCAACCCGAACAGUUGUCCUCGGAUGUCGGCAGGCCAGAGCCACUCUUUCACCUGGCUCAACAGCCGCAGAGAGCCUGUGGAGCUUCCUGCUUAUGAGUAUAUCACGCUUAUGCAGCGGUGGAUAUCAGGCAAGAUCGACGACACGAGGAUCUUCCCCACCGAGGCUUCUGGAGUCUCCUACGCGCACAACUCCAACAUUACUACCACCCCGUUAUCUCAGUUGACGAAUCCCGGGGAGCCAGACUGGGUCGGUAAAAGAUCUGGAUUCCCCCAGAACUUCGUGGAAGUCUGCCAGACGAUCUUCCGGCAGAUGUUCCGCGUGUAUUCACAUCUGUACUGGGCACAUUUUGUCGAGCCAUUCUAUCAUUUGAACCUGGAGAAGCAACUCAACAGUUGCUUCAGCCACUUCAUCCUCACCGCCACCGCGCUGGACAUGCUCAGACCUCAUGAGCUUGAGCCCAUGCAGCCCUUGAUCGACCUCUGGGCUGCGAGCGGCACAUUUCCGCCCGAGUCCAAGGCGUACGAAUACGCCAACCUGAGUUGUGGCCAGAAGCUGCUUCAGCUCGGUAGCGCAUCCGCGGCUCAAUGA